AUGCAGGCCACGGCAGAAAGCUCACGGAGUGGGUCUAGUAGCAGCAGUGCAUCUAGUCCACCACAAAUAACCCAAGAUUCAACAAGAAGCAAUUCCAAAGCCACCCUCCACAACUUUGAGAUUGAAUAUCCUCAAGUUACACCCCAACAACACGGAUGGUCUGCUCGUGUUUCCCGCAUUUCUCAGCCUUCGCGUCUCCCACCUCCGAUACGUCUGGCCUUUCUAUGGCUACGAGGACCGCGUCCAAAAGUUGAUCUUCCUGAUCCCAAGCCGCUGCUAGACAUCGAUGUCAGACUACGGGGUCACCACAUAGUGCUACCCAUAGAAUCCUCAUUUCUGAGGGCAACCCGAAUCCUAUCUAGCCACUGGUUGUUGUUCGCUGUGCUCGCGGCAGGCUAUAUCGUCUCAUUUGCCUUCUUCGCAAGAGCCCAAUUCUUCCAAACGCCAUCCGAUGCCUUUAUCGGCUGCACGUCAACCUUUUGGUUAAUGAACAAUGGGUGUGGCUUAGACGGGGCUUCAUGCGCGCCGUUCAACGAUUCGUCUUUCGAUUUUCGGUGUCCGGCCCAAUGUAGUGGUACCAUUUUGGCGAACCCGCGUACUGUUGGCAAUGAGAGAACGGCAUUCGUGCCGUUGAUCGUGGGGGGAGGAGAUGCAAAUAGAACCUAUCGCGGCGACAGUUUUAUUUGUGCGGCCGCUAUUCAGUCCGGAUUGGUCAGCAACUCCCGCGGCGGUUGUGGCACGUUGGAUCUCAUCGGAAAUUUCACCAACUUCCUACCCACGUCAGCCCAUGGUCUCGAUUCUAUUGGCUUCCCAACUGUCUUUCCACUAUCAUUCAGAUUCCGAGAACAAACGUCAUUGCACCACUGUCGAGACCUUCGCGACGAUGCCCUCGCGUUCAACGCAGUUAUCACCGCCUUACUAUUCUUACUACUCCGACCCAAACCUAUCGUGCUUUUUUGGUCUCUGGUAUGCAUUGGCUACUGGCAUAUCAUUCUUUUCUCUCAGCCCCGUGGGCCUCCUCCUCCUCUCGAUACCGCCUUUGCAACAUUCCUUCCUGCCCUAUUCAUUUGCUAUGCGUUUUGGAGGCUUGCAUUCAGAUUUUGUCUUCCAGCUUUCCGGAAGGCGCCUAUUGAAGCAACAUUCCUAUAUCUCGCUCCGUUCUGGGUUGGCAUCCUUGCUGGCCAGACAACGGAUCGACUUCCUCUACAACGCCUCACCAGCUCAGAUAUUACUAAACGCUCCGGAGCUGUCACGACUCUGGUCGUCAUUGUACUAAUAAUCGCCGCCAUUGCUCUGAAUCAGCUCAGAGUCUUCAGAAAAACUGGCUGGCUGCCUUACUAUGUCGGCUGGUAUCUCCUUGGCGGCCUUGUGACCCUAGUUUUGUCCCAACUUCCCGGGCUAAAUUUACGCAUCCACCAUUACAUCCUUGCAAUGAUCCUGAUGCCCGGGACCGCUCUCCCCACCAGAGUUUCGGCCCUGUGUCAAGGAUACCUCCUCGGCUUGUUCUUGAAUGGCGCAGCUGCAUAUGGGUUUGCUUCCAUCCUGCAAACUAAGGCGGAUCUCAGGCAAGAUGCUAUUUUCGGAUCCGACUUGGCCUCCUUUGUCACUAAUUCGACAAAUUUCAAUGCUUCCAUACCACUAGCGAACCAAUCCAUCUCAUGGAACGCCCCUCCAGCUGGUUGGGAUGGAUUUGCGCUCCUCGUGGACGACGUGGAACGAUACGUUGGGAGUGCUCUGAACUUUUCCCUCGCGGCAUUCAACACGACUUUACCGCACUUCUUCAGACUUGCUCUUACUUCGAACGGGAACACUGGAGACUUUACUCGAGCGGCUACGCUCUUCCCCAAUGGAACUUGGGUUGACCCUUUGCAUGGUGCUACAUGA